GCCCCCGGAGGCGCCGCCUCGCCUCUUUCCGCCAGCGCCCGCAGGACCCGGAUGAGAGCGCACGCUUCGGGGUCUCCGGGAAGUCGCGGCGCCUUCGGAAGUGGCGGAUGCGGCCGUGAGCCGGCGGGGGAGGUGCGCCAGUGUCCUCCGAGCUCGCCCGCAGACUCCCCACCCCGUUCCGCGCCCUUUGCCCUUCCCCGCAUCCAGUCCUCCUUACGUUGCUCCAGGAGCCCUCGGGCUGUUCCUCCUUUGGGAACGGGAAGGACUGCGGAGGGCUAGAGAGGGAAGGGAGACCGCGAUUCGUGCACAUCCCAGACUAGAACCUUGCCUGCUUUCGUUUCACUGUCUCAGUUCCUCCAGAUCCAGCUGGUGCCCUCGCCUGACGUUUGAACGACCACCUGCUCACCUCCUCCCUUUUGCGCGUUGAUUCUUCAGACUUCGAAGGGCCCACCGGUCUGCUUGCCCAACGUUAUUAGUGCCCCUAUUGUUCUACAAAUUCGAACCUCAAACACAAAACCGAUAUUUCUCCGUAGGGAACCUUAAUGAGCCAGGAGAGCAGUCAGCCCUGCAGCCUCCAGGGUACCCCACAUCAAACAGGCUCGCCGGGAACAAGGGGAAUACCACGUGGCUUGGCACACUCGCAGAAUGCCAGAGAGGAGCCAACCCCCAUUUUACAGAUGAGGAAGCUGAGGCUUAGGGAGGAAUUGGUUUACCUAAGACCCUCCCCACAACCCCAAGUAGGCUGAGGCAGAGCUAUAUUGAUUCUUCCUAUUGUGCACCCACACUGAGGCCAACACGCUGCUGAACCAGGCUGAACUGAGGAAAAGCUAGAAAGUCAUCGUGGUUUACAUCUUGCCUUUCCCAUAGCAGAGACUCUGCCUGACUUUGGAGGCACUGAAUUAUCAGUAGUAAAAACACACUCUGUAGAAAAACUAGACAUUGUUUUAGAUUCUGGCUGUUACCUGUAUUACCUUGGACAAGUCCCUAGAGCUCUCUGAGUCUGUUUCCCAGAAGUAAAAUGGGUCACAAACCUGGCUAGCUCCCCCCAUUCCCUUCCCUUUUGGUGCCAAGGCCAGUGACGGCAAGCGUGUGACGAGCUUUGUUAACUUUUUCGCUGCAUGUGAUGCCCGUGUAAAAGAUAGUUAUUCUGAGGAUCACUGUCCUUUAGUGAUGAAGUGGGUGCUGUUCCUGGACAUAAAGGCAGACCUGUGCUUGACAUGGAUUGAUCUGUCUUCUAGCAGUGAAGUGCAGGCAUGAACCUUGGUCAGCCCCACACUCUUCUCCAUCCGUAGCCCAUGUACUAGAGUUUGGACUUGGACCGAAGUCUGGGGCAGCUCCCUAAUUACUAGGGUGCUGAAGGCGUGAUUGUGCCAGUCGACUGCGAGUUCCUUCCGCAGCUUGUAUCGUUACCCACUCCUGCAGGUGCUGCUGCUGCCUCCACUGUACUCAGACCCAGGCAGCACAGGAUUGUCCAUCCUCCAGCAGCUCAGUGCAACGGUGUGAACUCAGCCUGUUUCAGAGCCUCCACACCAUGACCUCCAAGAAGCUGGUGAACUCGGUGGCUGGCUGUGCUGAUGACGCUCUUGCUGGCCUGGUGGCCUGCAACCCCAACCUGCAGCUCCUGCAGGGCCACCGCGUGGCCCUCCGUUCUGACCUGGACAGCCUCAAGGGCCGGGUGGCACUGCUGUCAGGUGGGGGCUCUGGCCAUGAGCCUGCCCAUGCUGGUUUCAUAGGGAAGGGGAUGCUGACUGGGGUCAUCGCGGGAGCCGUGUUCACCUCCCCGGCAGUGGGCAGCAUCCUGGCAGCCAUCAGGGCCGUGGCCCAGGCUGGCACAGUGGGGACGCUCCUUAUCGUGAAGAACUACACUGGGGAUCGGCUCAACUUCGGCCUGGCCCGGGAGCAGGCCCGGGCUGAAGGCAUCCCGGUGGAGAUGGUGGUGAUUGGGGACGACAGCGCCUUCACUGUCCUGAAGAAGGCAGGCCGGCGGGGGCUGUGCGGCACGGUGCUUAUACACAAGGUGGCAGGUGCUCUGGCUGAGGCUGGUGUGGGGCUGGAGGAGAUCACAAAGCAGGUGAACAUGGUCGCCAAGGCCAUGGGUACCCUGGGGGUGAGCUUAUCCUCCUGCAGCGUCCCUGGUUCCAAACCCACCUUCGAGCUCUCAGCCGACGAGGUGGAGCUGGGCCUGGGGAUCCACGGAGAAGCUGGUGUGCGCCGGAUAAAGAUGGCAACCGCCGAUGAGAUUGUGAAACUCAUGCUCGACCACAUGACAAACACCACCAAUGCGUCCCAUGUGCCUGUGCAGCCCGGCUCCUCAGUUGUGAUGAUGGUCAACAACCUGGGUGGCCUGUCAUUCCUGGAACUGGGUAUCAUAGCCGACGCUACCGUCCGCUCCCUGGAGGGCCGCGGGGUGAAGAUUGCCCGUGCCCUGGUGGGCACCUUCAUGUCAGCACUGGAGAUGCCUGGCAUUUCUCUCACCCUCCUGCUGGUGGAUGAGCCUCUCCUGAAACUGAUAGAUGCUGAAACCACUGCAGCAGCCUGGCCUAACGUGGCUGCAGUCUCCAUUACUGGGCGGAAGCGGAGCCGGGUAGCCCCUGCCGAGCCCCAGGAGGCCCCUGAUUCCACUGCUGCAGGAGGCUCAGCCUCGAAGCGGAUGGCGCUGGUGCUGGAACGGGUGUGCAGCACCCUCCUGGGCCUGGAGGAACACCUGAAUGCCCUGGACCGGGCUGCUGGUGACGGCGACUGUGGCACCACCCACAGCCGUGCGGCCAGAGCAAUCCGGGAGUGGCUGAAGGAGGGCCCACCCCCUGCCAGCCCUGCCCAGCUGCUCUCCAAGUUGUCUGUCCUGCUCCUGGAGAAGAUGGGAGGCUCAUCUGGGGCGCUCUACGGCCUGUUCCUGACUGCGGCUACACAGCCCCUGAAGGCCAAGACCAGCCUCCCAGCCUGGUCUGCUGCCAUGGAUGCCGGCCUGGAAGCCAUGCAGAAGUAUGGAAAGGCUGCCCCAGGGGACAGGACUAUGCUGGAUUCUCUGUGGGCAGCAGGGCAGGAGCUCCAAGCCUGGAAGAGCCCAGGAGCCGAUCUGUUGCAAGUCCUGACCAAAGCAGUCAAGAGUGCCGAAGCUGCAGCCGAGGCCACCAAGGAUAUGGAAGCUGGAGCCGGAAGAGCCAGUUAUAUCAGCUCAGCACGGCUGGAGCAGCCAGACCCCGGGGCGGUGGCAGCUGCUGCCAUCCUCCGGGCCAUCUUGGAGGUCUUGCAGAGCUAGGGUGUGUGACUGCCUCCCUUGGCCUCAGCUCCUCUCACUGCUGUGCUGAGGUGGCCUUUGUCACUUCCUUCUGCCUUCCAACCCUCACCUUCCCCCAGCCUGGCCCUGUUGGCCCACCCUCUAAGUUGAGCAGGAAAUCCUCCACCAAGCUUCCAGAACUACAGACAGCACCCAGAGCGAGCUGGAGUGGGUCCCCGUGCCUCUCCAGCAUGCCCUUUCCCUUUGCGGGAGGGUGGAGUCCCUGGGUCAUGCCCUCCCCUGCCAGCUCUGGGCUUCAGAGAUAAGGCAUUUUCCUUGUGCAGCCUUUACCUGGCAAUCCUAAUUUGGUUUUAAGACUCCCUGUGAAAUGCCUUCCGCACCUUAACCCCAGUGAGCGUGAAAAAGAAAGUUAAUAAACUAUAGUACAUGGAAGCAAGAAA